AUGGAGAGACAGUCAUCGUCUUCUCUCCGAAGGCAAAAUUCCAUUACUUGCAUGUCUGCCAUUUUCAACCUUCUUUCCAGAAACCACAAACGCUCUAAAUUUCUCACUUCUGGGAAAAAGCAGCGAAAGCAAUCUGCAACUGUAGCCCAUGAACAGAGGCUAAAAGCUGUGACCCUUCCAAGGAGUCCAACAAUACCGGCAGAGCUGCGGCGAUCAAAGUCCGUAGAUGAGAAACCUCCACAUGCGCUUGUGGCAAGGUUGAUGGGAAUAGAUAAGUUUCCUCCGACCCCAGAAUCCACUGCCGGAGAGAGAGUGAAGUUGCUAGGAGAACUGGAGAAGUGUUAUGAGGAGUUGAAGGCCCUUCAAAGAGUUAUUGAAGUUGUGAAGACAAGCGUCAGCGUUGGGAACAACAAUGAGAGACUAGGACGAACCCUUCAACAGCAGAAGAAGCAAUUACAUAAGAAGAAGCCAGGAGAUGAGGACUUCUUUGAUAGAUUUACAAAGAGCAAUAAUCAUCAGGAUAACAAUGCAGUUUCAGCAUUAUGGAGAAGCGAGGCCAUGGUGCACAGCGUGGAUGAAGUGUGCAAGGAUAUUGCAUGGGGUGAAAGGCGGGAGAUUGGCAGAAUAGGUUUGGCGUUGCAACAUCACAUUUGCGGAGAUUUGAUCGACGAGAUUGUUAGAGAAAUAGGGUGCUACUCCACCUAUUCGCUUCCAUUUCAAGCAUGUAGAAGAGGAUUGUCUUUCUAACGCAU